UUCUGUUUUGUUACGACGUUCGCUGUAGAAGGGAAGUCUGAAGUUUUGCGCAUAAAUUUACAGAAUAAAUUUUUAUGUUCCCGUGAGACUUGCUUGCCAUACAAAUUGAUCAAAAUGCCGGAGAGAAAUGCAGAUCGUGAACAUGAACCUUUUUCAAAUCCUUUACCACCUACUGACUUGAACUCAAGAAAUGAAGAUCACUCAAGUCAUCAUCCGAUGACAAAUGAAGACUUCAGGAAACUUUUGAUGACUCCACGUCCUCCACCUCAUGCUACUGCUCAACCUGUUGCUGAAGACGCUCAUCCUCAUCCUCCAUCAAAAAAGCAUGAAAGUGAGUCUGAUGAUGAUCUUGAUGAUUCACUAGAUGAUAAGGCAGAGAAAAGGAAAAGAAAAAAGAAAUAUUAUGCAUCUUUAAAUAGACAGCAAGAAGAUAAAUUAGCUGAACUUGCUCAAAAAUACAGAGAUCGUGCUAAGGAAAGGCGUGAUGGAGCUAAUCCAGACUACCAAAAUGAAGAUCCUAUCACUUCUGCAGCUGGAUAUCGUGCUGUUGCUCCUGAUGCUAAAUCAGGCUUGGAUGCUGCUGAACGUAGGCGUCAAAUGAUUCAAGAGUCUAAAUUUUUGGGAGGUGACAUGGAACAUACUCACUUGGUGAAAGGUCUGGACUAUGCUUUGCUUCAAAAGGUUCGUAGUGAAAUUAAUUACAAAGAGAAAGAAGAAGAAGAGAUGGAAAGUUUACUUCUGAAACAUAAGGAUAAAGAUGAAGAAGAAGAAAUCCAGUUCAGAACGAAAUUAGGAAAAAAUAUUUAUCGACAAGUGUUUAAGCACCGUUAUCCUGAAAAAAGUGAACUGUUUUUGCCAAAUAGAAUGGCGUAUAUUAUUGACUUAGAGGAUGAAUAUGCCGAAAGUGACAUACCAACAACAUUAUUGAGGUCUAAAGCAGAUUGCCCUAGUUUUGAGUCUCAGACUACUCUUACAACCAAUGACAUUGUAAUUAAAAAGUUAACACAGAUUCUUUCAUAUUUGAGACAAGGUCUUCAUAAUAAGAAAGCAAAAAAGCGAGACAAAGGUAAACUGAAGGAAGAAGAGUCUAGAAAACCAAAGCUUGCAGAUGACAGCAUAUUUGGUGAUAUAGGCGACUAUGUACCAACUUUAGAAAAGAGAGGAAAAGUAAAAAGUGAAGAUAAAAAUGAUGUGGCUGAGUCUGAAAAAAGAAAAUCCUACUUUGAAAAGCCCAGAAAUGAUGAUGAGAAAAGGAAAGAUGAUCGAUUUCAAGAUCGUAAUAACGAGUGGGGAAAUAUUCUAUCGUCAGAAUAUGGAGAAAUGUCAGAUGCUAAAGACAAGUUAAUGGGUGCUUUAAAAGGAGAUGAUAGCAGAUUGAAAGCCAAGCUUACAAGUAAAUUAGAGCGAGACAUGCCUGAAAGCUAUGCAGAGUGUUAUCCUGGUGCUCCAGAAAAUGAAGAUGCUGUUGCUGACAGUGAUGACGAAGUGGAUUAUUCUAAGAUGGAUAUGGGUAAUAAAAAAGGUCCUAUUGGUCGUUGGGAUUUUGACACUGCAGAAGAAUAUAGUGACUACAUGAGCAGUAAAGAAGCACUGCCAAAAGCUGCAUUCCAGUACGGAGUUAAAAUGGCAGAUGGACGUAAAACUAGAAGAACAGGAACUGGUAAACGAGAUGAGAAAACCAAGUUAGAUAGAGAACUGCAAAAGAUUAACCAGAUUAUUGCCCGCAGAAAAGACAUGGACUCUUUCACUAGCGGAGUGGGUACUCCAGAAUACAAAAGACCCAGAUAUUAAUGGGAGUGUUUCCAAGAAACUCUCUUUCACAUGGCAUUUGUAGUUCGGAGAAGUAUUCAUUUAUGUUUCUUUCUGACUUUGUAAAUAUUGUAUUCAAAAUUCCAACUUAUGUUAUAUUUUACACAUUAAAAAAAAAUAAUAAAGAAUAAAAUAUUUGAAAA